AACAAUUGGGAUUUAUUUUUGGAAUUCUCCUGAAGAGAAAAAAAGGUUUUUGAACGAAAAAUAUGUUGUUGCUUUCACAUGCAAAAUUCUUCUUUAGGCGACCGGAACUGCAACAUAGCGAGCAUAUAAGUGGUGAAUUGAUGACGGCUGAAGUAGCCUCCGCUAGAGGGCUACUGAUUUCCUUCCAAUAUGACCGGAAAUGGAUAGUUAUUACAGAUAGCUAUCGAUUGCAAAACUUUUGUUUACAAUUUCCCACGCUACACUUGUUGAUAACUUAUUAUCGAUAGAUGGCCUUGCAUUUCUCGGUCCCCAUAGACACCAAUGCAAAUCGAAUGCAUUUCGAUGAUUUCAUACAAAACCCAAACAAAACUUGUGAAGAAUUUUUUGCUGUGGAAAUUUGUAAUUGAAAAUUAUUUAACAUGAAGCGCGUCAAGAACACCACCAGCAAAACUGCACAGAGCAAGAAAGCCAAAGCUAUUUCUUCAAAUGAAAGUGAUGGCGGCAGUUCACCGCUUCCCGCAGUUAGUGAGGAACGAGAGAAGGCAGCUCCGAGCACGCAGUACAUCGAUUCUUUGCAGCAGCGUCGUUUGGACACAGCAGACAGCACCUCUGAGUUUCAAUUUAAUAAAAAACGUGUGCGUGUGCUUAGUUCUGUAAAGGAGGUAAGUGAAUCGCGGUCCGGUGGGGUACUGUAUUGGAUGUCACGCGAUGCACGCGUUCAAGACAAUUGGGCAUUUUUAUUCGCACAACGCUUGGCUUUAAAAUUGAAAUUACCGCUUCUGGUUGCCUAUUGUCUCGUGCCGAAGUUUGUAAAUGCUACACUACGCCAUUAUAAGUUCUUAUUGGGCGGUUUGGAAGAAGUAGAGCUCGAAUGUCGCAAACUACAAAUACCUUUCCAAUUAUGCUUAGGAUCGGCCGUAGAAUGCUUGCCAAAAGUGGUGCAAUCGCAAAACAUCAGUGCCGUUGUGUGUGAUUUUACGCCGUUGCGCGUCCAAACACAGUGGGUGGAACAGGUGAAAGCGGCGCUACCUGCAGACGUACCUUUCACACAAGUAGAUGCACACAACGUCGUACCACUAUGGGUGGCCUCUGACAAGCAAGAAUAUGGAGCUCGUACUAUACGUGGAAAAAUUAAUUCAAAACUAUCGGAAUUUCUCACCGAAUUUCCACCAGUAAUUAAGCAUCCUUACAAUAAGACCAUAAUGGCAAGCAGCAAGCAAGUAGAUUGGAAAGCGGCUGAAGCAUUCUUGCGGUGUGAACGUUCAGUAGAUGCUGUAGAAUGGGCAAAACCGGGCUACUCAGCGGCAUGUGACCAAUUAAAAAGCUUUUGUACAAAGCGUUUGCGCAUAUUUAGCGAAAAGCGCAAUGAUCCAACCAUAAAUGCCUUAUCUGGACUCUCACCAUGGUUUCACUUUGGUCAAAUUUCCGUUCAACGUUGUGUUCUAGAGGUAUUGCGUCACAAAUCAAAAUACAAAGCAUCUGUUGAAGCCUUUUGCGAGGAGGCAAUCAUUCGUCGUGAAUUGGCAGAUAAUUUCUGUUACUACAAUGAACAUUAUGAUAGUCUGAAAGGCCUGCACGCCUGGGCGGCUAAAACACUUGAUGACCAUCGCAAGGACAAGCGCAGUCCUUCUUACACACUAGCCGAAUUCGAGCAGGCGCGUACGCACGAUGAUCUUUGGAAUGCUGCACAGAUUCAGUUGGUUCGCGAAGGCAAAAUGCACGGAUUUCUGCGCAUGUAUUGGGCGAAAAAGAUAUUGGAAUGGUCUGCUACACCCGAAAUGGCUCUAGAAACCGCCAUUCUUUUUAAUGAUAAAUAUAGUUUAGAUGGACGAGAUCCGAACGGCUACGUAGGUUGCAUGUGGUCAAUUGGCGGUGUGCACGACCAAGGUUGGGCCGAACGACCAAUUUUCGGAAAAGUGCGUUACAUGAAUUAUAAAGGUUGUCAACGAAAAUUCGAUGUUGCUGCCUUUGUAGCGCGUUAUGGUGGCAAAGUAUAUAAAUCAAAAUAAAAGUAUUUAUUGUUUUAAAAACAACUACAUAGUAGUACCUAGGUAGUCCUCUAAGCUGUUGCUUGAAUUGUUUUUGUUAUUAAAUCCCAUUUACUAAUAUGCACGCCGAAUCUCGAAGAAACAUCUACAUACGUACCUACAAAAAUUUGAACCUUUCAAUCUAAAAAUAUUUUUGUACACUAUUUUUAUAAAUUUUUGUCUUGUGCUAUCAGAAACU